AUAUACCAAAUAGACAUUACUACAUUAGUAAAAAAUAAAAAUUAUAAAUUAAUACUAUAUAUAAUUCUAAAUAGUAAAUAGUCAAUAAGAAUUAAUUGAAUUAAAAUUGUUAUGCAUUCUGAAUUAUUCAAGUCUACAACGAUCUAAGUUUUUAAUCCUAAACGACUUAAAGCAAAUAGGGUAUUAGGACCCUAGGGGAAUCAUUAAUAAUUUCUUUAACAACAAAAAAGUACACAGAAUAUAAAAAUAAGAAAUAAAAAUUUCAUUCUUAAAAUGUUUGACGUGGUGUGCACUACAGCUAACGGGGGAAUUCCGAUAUUUUACCGAAAAAAUAGUAAAAUGGAUUCGGUACCGUUUACUACAUUUUCAACAUUAAAUGCUGUAAUAACAUUUGCAGAUGUACAAAAUGUUCAAUUUAAAGCUAUUCAUACAGAUAAACAUUCUUUUAUUUGGCAUGCCAUUGGAGACAGUUUAAUUUUAGCUGGCAUUGGUGAUUUAAAUGAUUCUACAAUAAAAACUGGCCUAGAACUGAUAUCAACUUUAAUAAAGAUGAUUAUUGGAGAUGAAAACAUAUACAAUAAGAAUGCAGAUAGAAUAAAACGGGAAAUAAAACCAUGUUUACCUAUUAUUGAUUAUAUAUUGAGAAGCUUAACAUCUGUAACGAUAGAAAAACAUUUAAUAAACAUAAUUGAAACACAAUCAAUGAAGGAUAAUAAAGCAAUAAAUAAUUGUUUGUACAAUUGGUCAGAAACAAUCUGUAGUGAUCUUUGUUGGGUUAUUGUGGAUAAGAAAUUAAGUGCUGCAACAAAGGAUUGGUGGGAUUUACAUGUUAGCGAUAGAAAAUUAUUAAUAACAAUUAUUUUAGCCAAUUGUUAUGACCAAAUUACUUCAGCUGAUAUUCCAAUUUUCCUGCCUCAUUCGAGUACUAAGGUUCUUUUAAGGUUAGUAUGUUGCAUGGUUGUACAAGAUGUUUGGACAGCAGCUAUUUGUGGACCUACACCAAAUUUAGAUGAUAUUGAAAUUAAUGCUGCCAAAAGUUUUAGAACAGUUAUCAAUUAUUUUCGUCCUAAUAAUCCUAAAUUUGAAUUAACAUCUGGGUACAUCAUAGUGAACACAAACUUGUUCAAAUUUAUGCAAAAUUAUUACUCAAGUACAGAUGUACAACAAGGAAUUGUACAGUUUUAUAAUAAAAUUGUAUCACGUCUUAUGAAUGAUAAUGUAAUGGGAAGCGAAGUCUCGUGUACGGGGAAAAAUCAUAACUAUUAUGCUAUAAGUUCGAAUGGUAUUACAUUAUGUUUAGCAUAUCCAAGUAAACAUAAUAUGGUUACAAUCAGAUACUAUGCGAAGCAAACUUUUCAGCAACAUUUAUCUGAUAUCAACGGUUAAAUAAGCAUAAUUAUAUGUAUAAUAUGAUUCAUAUUAUAUAUAAUUCAAUUUUAAUAAAUUUAAUUUUUAAACAUGAUCCGU